AUGCUCAAACCUUCUCCUUGUGAGAAGAGGCAUUUGCUUGGCAGUAAACACAUAAAAGAUGACGAUAAUAUUGAUAAUGAGGUCCCUACGGUUGAGAGACGAUUGCCGACCACCGUAAGCGCGGGUCUGGCCCAACCAGAACCAGACCCGAGCGUAUUGCGCGUAGCGUUCCGCGCGCGCCUCAAAGAGCCAAUAGACCACCACAGACGGGGCCCUAUAGGGCCUGAUGUUCAUCCGUUUGCGGUUGCGGGGUCGGAAAAUGAGGAGACGGAUUACCUGAUGAAGAUGUUGUCGUUGGAAGAGCUAGCUGUACGCCUGUUCGAUGCCGGGGCGGUGCGCCUGGGGGACAUUGAGGCCAAGAUCGGCAGACGCACACCCAUCUACUUUGAUUUAAGAGUGGUCGUGUCUCAUCCACAGAUUAUGCUUUCGGUGGCUCAACAUUUGGAGAAGCUCGCCAAGGACAUCAAUCAUGAGUUGCUGUGUGGCGUCCCGUACGCCGCCCUACCACUCGCCGCCGUCAUGUCCGUCAACACAAACACUCCAAUGAUAAUGAAAAGAAAAGAAACAAAAAUGUAUGCCACCAAACGGAUCCUAGAAGGAAUCUUCGAGAAAAACCAGAAAUGCUUAGUCGUCGAGGACGUAGUGACAUCUGGUGGCAGCCUUAUGGAAACUGUUAGCACAUUACGUUCCGAAGGCUUGGAAGUUACACACGCCGUAGUAGUUCUCGACCGUGACCAAGGUGGCGCUACUGUGUUAAAACAGAACGGUAUUCAAGUUAAAUCAAUUUUCACUUUGACUGGUCUGCUGAGAAUCUUGAAUGAAGCCGGCAAGAUUAGUGAUGAAACUGUUGAUAUUAUUCUAGAACAUAUUAAGGAAUGCCAGUUUAACAACUUGGAUUUCAUGAAAGACAACUUAGAGAUAAUGUCCGUUUAA